AGCCAUGGAGGUCCCUGCAGAGCCCUCUGCCCUGCACACUGCUGCAGCUCUUCCCAGCGAGCCACCGCCAGCACCAGUCCAGAUCACUGUCCUCGGGGCACAGGACCUGAAAGCCAUCAAGAGUGACGUGCUGGUGACGUUGGUGCGUGUGGAGUACAACAGAGUCCUCCUGGGAGACUCUCCCACUGCUGAUGUCCUGCCAAAUGGGACAGCAAACUACAAUUUCACAGCCAGCUUUGAGUGCAGCCCCAACGGGCCCAACUCCUUGGAUGUCAUUGCAGAGAAACCACUGCUCUUGACAGUGAUAGAGGUGCUGCAAAUGGGGAAGAAACAGAAGGAGAAAACUGUACCUCUUGGCCAAGCUGUGGUGGACCUUCUGCCUCUGCUGCAAGGAGAGUGUUCAUUUGAGGUCUCAGCUCCUUUGUAUGCAGUGCCUGCAUCCCCAGCAGAGAGCCUUCACCCCGAGGCCAAGGGUAGCCUUGAAGUGACAGUGAGCACCACAGAGCCCCUGCUCUCUGCCACACAGCUCUCAACUGGGAACCUCCUCAGCGUCACGCUGGAGGCAGCUUACUCUAUCCCUGAAGCAUUUGCUGCCAGUGAACCCCUGCAGAACUACAUGGCUUGCCUGCAAGUACCAGCAGCUGGGAAGAAGGAAUUCCCCUUGCUCUUCAAGAAUGGCGUCCUGAAGGCUGAUGGUGAAAAAGAACCUUUGCCCCGGCCCAAAAAGUGGCCCCUUGGUAACAUCCUGGCCUCUGGUGCUCUGAGCAUACCCAACUCUACCAUUGUUGGGGGGCCCUAUGAGGAUGAGGACGGAGAGCUCACCACAAGUGAGGACAGGGAGUUCAGGCUCCAAGCAGAAGGUGCGAAGAGAAUCGUGUGGGACGUGGAACAGCGUUGUUACCUGGAUGCUGCUGCAGUGGCCAGUCUGCAGCAGCGCAUCGGAGAGUGCCAAUACUGGCCCCUGGAGCUCUGCGGGAUGGCUGUGCACUCGUCCAGCAAAGGGAAAGCUAGCAAAGGUGACAAGGGAGAUCCCAACAAGCAUAUUUCCGUCCAUGGUGUGGCAUAUGUCAACAUGAUGCCUUUGCUGUGCCCUGGUGUGAAGCAGAUCCGAGGGGCUUUCCGUGUCUUUGGCUACCAGGACAGCGAGGUGUUCAAGAAGACCAAAAGUCAGCACAGUGUUUUCCGGGAUCUCAUGUUGCAGCUCAAUCUGACCAAGGAAGAGUCCUUCACCCCAAGAGUGAGACCUUCCCUUUCCAGAGCUGUUCCCAGUAAGACUCAGAGGGAAGACAAAGAUAAGGAUUCCAACAGAAAGUUAUCCAGUGCAUCCAGAGCCCACUUGUCAGAUAGCACUGACAAUGUCACUAAUCUCAACCUUGAUGGACAGCUCUACAAUGAAGCAGAAACAUUCGUGGUGCUGGAGAUAAAGCUGGAGAAGGCCUUGGUCCCAAAGCGACGGCGAGAGGAGCUCACCCGGCAGGUCAAGGAGAUGAUUCCUUCUCGCCCUCCACUGCCUCUCUGGACUGAAGGAGCCAAGGAGGCAGUGGAAGGUUAUCACACACAUGUCAAGAACGUUGCUGCUGCCAUCCUGACUGAAUACCAUGAGCUUUUUGGGAAGCCUGAGCAGGGAGAGAGAGACCACCAAACCCUGGAGGAGCAGAAGUGUCAGCUCAACUAUGAGCUCAAUACCUCUGGGAAAUAUUUUGCUUUUAAGGAAGAGCUAAAGUAUUCUGUGGUGAAGAUUGUGAGGGAGAAAUACCUGAAGACCACAGCAUUUGAAUCCCAGCAGCAGCUCCAGGCAUUCCUCAGCGAGCUCUACGUGUACCUCGUGGACCAGAUGCAUGUUGCCCUGAACCAGUUCCUGUUCGAGGAAGAUGCUUCUCCUGCCCCUCCAUCCUGCACAACCCAGGAGCAGCUCUGGCUCUUUGCUCGUGAAGCUGAAGUCAACAAGGACUACAAACUGGCCACUCUCUACCACCAGCAGAGGAUAGCUCAGGACCAGCACAACAUCCAGUCCUGGCUGGACUAUGGAGCCUUCUGCCUCCUGCACGAGGAAGCCACCAAAGCCCAGGAGUGUUUCCAGGAGGCUCUUCGUCUGGACCCCCAGCACACCCAAAGCCUGCUGCUCUGCGGGGUCACAGCUGUCCUGCUGCAGCACUAUGAAGAGGCAGAGGUUUUCUUCGAGGAUGCCUGUUGCUUGGAGCCAUCCAGCAUCAUAGCCUGGACCCUUUCAGGUUUGUUUUAUGAGCUGCAGGAUAAUAAUAUUCAGGCAGAAAGGAACUUCCGUGAGGCGAAGAAGAUCCUGCGAGCUCAGCUUGACAAGGAGCGGAGCAUCUCUAAGGCUGCUGAGGGAGGAGAGGGGGAAAAGGAUGCAUCAUCCCCUGGAUCAGGACCUCACCAGCCUCCCUGCACAAUAUUCAUGCAGACAGUGGAAUUCCUGAUCAAAGUCAAUGCUGUCCAGGUCAGCUCAACGGGGAGUGGAGGAGUGGCCCCAGCAUACUUCCUGGCUGGGGCCCAGAUACACUGGCUGAAGGAAGAUCUCCCCAGAUGUGAGGAAUAUCUGCACAAGGCUGCUCGGAUUGACCCCACGAAUCCAAAUGUGUGGGCUCAGAGGGGACACCUGUGCUACCUGAAGAGGGACUUUGGCAAGGCAAAGGAGUGCUAUGAGCGAACCAUCAGUUUUGUGGAGGAUGCUGUGGAUAUGCAUUUCGUCUACCUGCACCUUGGCUCCAUCUACCUGGAGGAGAAAGAGUAUGGCAAGGCAAAGCAGACCUACCUGCUGGCCUGUGAUCACUCUGCGUCCUGCCUCACCUGGCUGGGGGUGGGCAUCGCUUGCUACAGGCUGGAGGAGAUGGUAGAAGCAGAAGAUGCUCUCUCUGAAGCCAAUGCCCUAAACAACACCAACGCUGAAGUAUGGGCAUAUCUCACCCUCAUCUGCACGCGA